UGACAGGGUUUGUUUUGGCCAUAUCCCGAAGUGACCACUUUUUUUCUAAGGUGGUUAGGUUAAAGGUGAGGGUUUGUCUAUAUUCGCCCGAUAGUCGCAGAUCGGACCAUCAUAUCUCCGCCUCCUUAACCUUCAUCACGUGGUACUGGGUCACCCACUUUCCCAAAGCGCGUCUCCUCUUACAAACAUGGCUGCGGCUUCAACUCCUGCAGGACACGAUCAGUCAAGCGACCCGACCCGAACAGGGGCGUUUGAUUUGAGCAGACCCCCCGUGAUUGAGGGGUUCACGCCUCCGCCGAGGUCCAAGGAAGAAGGAUUUAACGACAAGUUUAUCAGGAAGACGAAAGAAAACCCUUUCGUGCCGAUAGGUUGCUUUGGCACGGCGUGCGCCCUCACAUACGGACUCAUCGCCUUCAGGCGCGGCAAGACCCGGCAGUCCCAGAUGAUGAUGCGAGCCCGUAUUUUCGCUCAGGGAUUCACAGUGUUCGCUCUCCUGUUUGGUGUGGCUUCGACUGCCUUGAAACCCAAACAGUGAAUGGGGGGGACCGAGUCACGAUGGAGGAGUGAAGAAGGGUGCCUCUUUCUGGCUGACAAUUCAUGUGUGAGGACAGCACAGUUGUGGAGGGGAACAACGCUAUGGUUUCAUUUAGUUUUUUGGUUGACACUUUUUAUUUUUAAAACUAAAGGGAGUGUUUGAUUUGUUAAUGCCCAAAGCUAGUUUUCUUAAUGAUUGUAAUGAUUGUAACGCUUGAAAUGUUUUUGCUUAUGAUUGUAAGUCGCCCUGGAUAAGGGCGUCUGCUAAGAAAUAAAUAAUAAUAAUAAAGAGCAAAAAUAUGACUGUCUCAGAGAUUGAAACCACCUUUUAAAAGUAAACCUUAUCUCCUUGGAUUGCCAGUGCGGAUUGCAAGGUGUGUUCAGUAGUCUUUCAGGGUCAGGUAUCAAGGGAAGGCAAAUGUUAGAAUCCUCAUUUCCCUCAGAUACUGACCCAGGUGUCCCUCUAUAUACAACACGCUAUUGAAUGCAACUGAUACAGUAGUCAUAAUAUUUCAGCUUCAGUCUGCUGUCCAUUUAGCAGUCUCUUUAAUUGGGCAGGUGUUGUUACACAGGUAGAAUAAAUCUGUUGUACUGUUUUAAGGUAUACAUUUGCAAGGUAAAAAUCAUUGUUUUAAAGUAUUUAAACAAGUUGCAUUAAUGGCGUCACACUGUUUUGCUGGCAGUGUCAAAAUAAAUAUUGUGCCAAAAAAGGAUUUGUUCCAAGGUAACAUAACUUGUGUAUAAACCAGCAUACCUAGCAGCCACCACAACCACAUUCCCCUUAAAAUUGAAGUCAUUCAUAAAUUGUAUUGAUGGUCACUUGGAUGUCAGUUUUACAGAAUACUUAUGUUUGCUGUGGCCUUUUUAUUUUAGGGAGUGAUGAUUGUUACAUCACCUUAUUGUAACUCGUGUGUGUACAAAGAUGUCUAUUAAAACAUAAAGCGUG